GCAACAAUUUUCUGCUGAGAAAAUAACAGCUGUUAUGGCUCCUCAUCUUGGUGCAGUUUGUUGAUUUUUUAAAUGGGCAAAGAUGAAAGAUUUGCUUGAGACCAGUUACAAGCAGUCUGGUUUAUUAUAUUUCCCCCCAGCCGGAUAUAUAUAUUUUUUUCAUCUUCACAAUAGAAUGUAAAAGUUAUUGCGAAAGGUGCACGUGUGUGACUUUAAGAAGUGCAAGAUAAGGUUUCUGUUUUUAGCAGCAGACUCCCAAGAUUAAAAAUAGCGUGCGAGCCCUCAAAUUCCCCCAAGAGACGCUCGAAUCCAUUCGCGCCCCAUUACUGAAGUAGGCUAAAGCAAGAGAAGAAAAGUUGUAACCCCGCCGUUAUACUGACAAUCACGCUGUUACGUCCCAACUUUCUGAGCAAACAAACUUUUGAUUAUUUACAGCCAUUUUGGCAGCUCCUCAGAGGCGACACGUGUGUCAUGAAAACGCGUUAGCCUCUCAGCACCGGUGACUCUUCAGUCUCUCACAGUACAGCACUAGGAAGAGCAGAAAAGACGGAUGUAACGCAAUGAGCCCAGUAGUGAAAGACACGACUUCGUUGCUGUUUUUGAAUUAGAGUUAAAAACGUGCUUUCUUUUUCUUAUGCCUUUCUUGAAGGAAUAACUCUCUUAGGGAUCGGUUCUCACGCGUAAAGGAGCGUGUUUCUCAGAAGGAUUUAUUUAUUACAAGUUACCAAUGGGGUCUCAAGGGCCAGGACGUAGAAGAACCCCCAGCAAAAAUGGGUUGACUGGUGAGGAAGAUGCCCUCAACGUAAUCGCAAAAGAGGCUGAAGCCCGUUUGGCAGCUAAGAGGGCGGCCCGUGCAGAAGCUCGUGAGAUCAGAAUGAGAGAACUGGAGAGACAACAGAAAGAGAUUUAUCAGGUGCAGAAGAAAUACUAUGGACUGGAUAACUUGGACAACAAAUGGGGGGACAUUGAGCAGUGGAUGGAGGACAGUGAGCGAUAUACACGUGUCUCACGGAGACAUGCUUCGGUGUCAGAUGAUGAAGAACAGAUGUCAGUGGGGAGCAGGAGCAACAUACGGUUGGAUUUGGAUGCGGCGGGUGCUUACGGCGUGCUUCCCCAGGCCUCCUCCUAUCAUAAGAAGUCCAAGAAAAAGAAGAAACAUUCUUCCAAAAGUAGCAAUGGCUAUGAUGAUGAUCUCAGCACAUUGUCUAGUCGGAGCUCCAGACUCAGUGAUGAGAGCAAAAUGUCUCGCUCCUCUAGACUUGAUCAGCAGUCGAAAACCUGCCAUUCAUCUGAACUGUACAGCAGCAGUAGUUAUUCCUCUAAACAUCAAGCCCCUUCCUACAAUCGCUGCCAGUCAUCUUUGCUGCACAGCAGGAAGCACAGGGGCUCUGUAUAUGAGGACAGUCUCUACAGUGGCUCUCGACGCUCCAGUGCUCGUGCUUCCUCUGAAUAUGGUGGUUUCCCGGGCUCCAGCUCUAGGACUUCGUCCAGAGCAAAUUCUGCGUGUGGAAGUCCAGUGGAGGACUGCAGCAGCUCAGUGGCUAGUUUUAUGCGCAGCUCAGCUAGUAUCAGUGGCCUCUCUAGAGACCUUGACCGUGUGGUCAUUCCUGACCUGCCAAACGUUAAUGGGAGGCUGUCAAUGGCUGAUGACAGGUUAGAGCGAGACUACUUAGAAAAGGGAUCCUCACGAGCAUCAACUAUUUCUGGCGCCACUCUAACCUCUCUAGGUGGGACGUCCUCACGGAGAGGAAGUGGAGAUACAUCCAUCACUGCUGACACAGAAGCAUCCAUAAGGGAAAUCAAGGAGAUCCAUGAGCUUAAGGAUCAGAUUCAAGAUGUGGAGGCAAAGCACAUGCAGAACCUCAAAGAGCUCAAGGAUUCCCUUUUGGAAGUGGAGGAAAAGUACCGUAAGGCCAUGGUCUCCAAUGCACAGCUGGACAAUGAGAAGACCAAUAUGAUGUUUGAAGUGGACACUUUGAAAGACUCUUUAAUGGAACUGGAGGAGAUGCUCUUUGAAACACGCCGUGAGCUUGAGGAAAAGUGUAAGGACCUUGAACGAGAGAAGCAUGCUCAUAGCAUACUGCAGUUUCAGUUCAGUGAACUGAAGGAGACGUUGAAACAGAGUGAAGAACUGCUCACUGAGAUCCGUCAAUUACGGCUCAAGCAAGAUGGCAAUGUUAGGGAGAUUUCUGACCUCCAGGAAACUAUUGAGUGGAAGAAUAAAAAAAUUGGGGCAUUAGAAAGGCAGAAGGAAUUUUCUGAUGCCAUUCGAAAUGAACGGGAUGAGCUUAGAGAUGAGGUUGUUCAGCUCAAAGAUAUUUUGAAGAAACAUGGCAUUGUCCUUGGACUCGACUUGGCCACCAAUGGAGAAACAGACGAAGUCGGAAAGGCUGAUCAGAAUUCUCAAACUGCAUCAGCUGAAAUCCGAGAGGGGAGUAGUGUACUAGAAAUUCGCUUGCGAAAACUGGUUGAUGAGAGGGAAAACUUAAUAGAGCAGGUUAAGCGAUUGAAAGGUCAGCUUGAGCAGAAGACACAGAAGAAUGGUAUGGAGGAUUCGUCCAGCCCACAGGGAGAUGUGCUGGAGAACGGUGCUGACUCCAGCAUCAUGGAUAUACAGAGGGAUGCAAUCAGACAAAUCAAUGACCUCAAAUUUAAGCUUGUCAAAUCAGAGCAAGAAGUCACAGCACUUGAACAGAAUGUCACAAGGCUCGAGGGUCAUGUGACCCGUUACAAAGCUGCAUCUGAAAAUGCAGAGAAGGUGGAGGACGAACUCAAAGCUGAGAAACGCAAAAUGCAGCGAGAGUUACGCUCUGCACUGGAUAAGAUUGAAGAGUUGGAGUCCAGUAACAGCCACCUCUCGAAAAGGCUGGAGAAGAUGAAAAGUGGCCGAGGAACAGCAACUCCCUAAUAGGUUUUUUUUUUUUUUUUUUUAAGCUCUGUCCCAUAAUCUGUCCGAAUUCACCUCCACUGCCUAUCCAUUUCCCAUCAUUCUGAACCUAAGCAAUGUUGAUAAAACUAUAAACAACCCCAUGAGAACCCUGCUACCGUGCCAUUUCUUCCUGUUUAUCCAUUUAGGUUGAGUUCUUCAUCUUUGGAGAACCCAAUCAGGACUCUCAAAGGAUGCAGGAGGACACUUGUGUGCCUCAUUCAAAAGCUCAAACACUGUAGUUCAAAAAGUUAGAAUGGUUAUUGUCAUGUGAAUGUUGCUGAAUUGAUUUGAGCUUAAUGUGCAAGGCUGUCUGAGAUUAUUUGGAGAAAGAUCUUAAAAGAAAAUGUAUGGAUUCGUAAUGUGAAGAUAAGGACAUGUUGUCCAGCUCUAGGAAGUCUGGAUAGCCAUUUGUUUGGUUAAAGACACCAGUUGCUUCUAUAAGACAAGACCGAUGAGUAUGUGUGAUUGUGCGUGUUUGAUGCUUUCAUGUGUUCCACUUGCAAAGAUAUUUUGUUAGCACUAUUGAGUAGUCUAGAUCUUAUAUCCGAAGCUAAAUGUUCUGGAGUAAUAUUAAGGUCUCACAGCUGGCUCUUGCCAUCUGUGUUCCUUUUUUUCCUCUAAUGAAUAGUCUAUAAUGGUCUUCCUAACAUGCUGAAAGACCAGUGUGACAUACAUAAUUGAGGAUGAAUACCGAUUCCUAGUGAAUUUUGUUGUUGCAUUGACGCUGACGACUGAACCACAUACAUCAGAAAGUUGUUCUAUUUCAGGCGAAACAGCAACUUUUGGUGUUGUUUUUGACAAGAUUUAACAGUAAUAACCUCCAGGUGAUGAAAAAGCCUGGAAGAUUCAGAACGGUCUCAUCCUUUCCAAACAUAUGAGGAAUGAUGAGAUCAGAAGCAUUAGUUGUUGAAGACUGUUGUGAUCACUAGCACCAUUUAUUAUCACCAGCCUGGAUGAGAGGCGGCUCCACCCUGUUUACAAUGCUUUAAACCAUUUGUAGGUUAACUAUGGAAACUGUAUGAGUUAUCAUCUGUAAUAAAAUGUAAAUUUUAAUAAAA